AUGUUGGAUGUAAGAGAGGUUGAUCCUCGAAGAAACAAGACACUCAUUCGACCUUACUGUCGAGGCACUCAUCCAGAAAAUGUUGCAGAGUACGGCACUGAAAGGAGGCAAGACCGUCAUAAUUUAUGCAUAGUCCCUGUGCAAUUUGUAAAACGUGUUUAUAAAAAGCGAAUGUCACUCAUUCCUCUAACUGUGUAUGACAAUCUACGUCGUGCAUGCUGUUCUAUGUUCGCUAGUAGUUCACGAACAGAUCACAGCGCAAUAGCGGAUCGAAUCAUCGCUAACGCGUCACUGGUGGACGUGCUACGAUGGCGCGGUGUUUCGCGACAGUUCCGUAUCGCGGCAAAACGUCGUCUUUCGCGUUAUACAACAAUUCAUGUUCGAGUAUAUAACGAUUUAUGUAAACUAUAUGAACGAAAAUCUUCAAAAGAUUACGCUUUCGCAAUGGACUAA